AAGGUGGGAAUGUCAAAAUGUGAAAAUUUUUCUCGAUAUUCGAUCGUUCGGGGCUUGUCUGAAAAAUUGCAUUUUAUUACGAAUUUUUAAAGGAAAAUCUGUAAAAAUAAUUGUGGAAAAACAUGACUGAAGUUAUUACCAACAAUACUAUCGAUAAGGUAGCUACGUUAGUGAAGGAAGCGGAAUCGUUGAAGGCUAAACUGGAGGAAGAACGACAAAAGUUGAAUGACAUUACUUUGUCUUCUGUUGCUGAAAGGCUUGAAAUGAUCACGUAUCUUAACAUAAAACCACGUCGUGUUCUGAAAGGUCACCAGGCCAAAGUUCUCUGCUCUGAUUGGUCUCCCGAUAAGAGACAUAUUGUAUCAUCUUCGCAGGAUGGUAAGCUCAUCAUAUGGGACGCGUUUACAAACUACAAGGAGCACGCCGUCACAAUGCCCACAACCUGGGUAAUGGGAUGCUCAUAUGCUCCUUCCGGCAAUCUGGUGGCUUGCGGCGGUCUGGAUAAUAAAGUGACCGUUUAUCCCAUCACAAUGGAGGAAGACAUUUCCUCACGGAAGAAAACAGUUGGAACACAUACAAGUUACAUGUCAUGUUGCAUUUUCCCAAACUCAGAUCAGCAAAUUUUAACCGGAAGUGGUGACUCUACCUGUGCUCUGUGGGAUGUAGAAUCUGGUCAGUUGCUCCAAAGCUUCCACGGACACACUGGCGACGUGAUGUCGAUAGAUUUGGCUCCGAAUGAAACCGGUAACACUUUUGUUUCCGGAAGUUGCGACAAAAUGGCGUUUAUUUGGGAUAUGCGAUCGGGGCAUGUCGUCCAGUCAUUUGAGGGGCAUCAAUCUGACGUAAACAGUGUAAAGUUUCAUCCCAGCGGUGAUGCCAUCAGUACUGGUUCAGAUGACAGCACUUGCCGUUUAUUCGACAUGCGUGCAGACAAGGAGGUUGCCGUGUUUAGCAAGGACAGCAUUAUUUUUGGUGUAAAUUCUGUAGAUUUUUCCAUCAGCGGACGACUUUUGUUUGCUGGAUACAAUGACUAUACGGUUAACGUUUGGGAUACCCUAAAAGCGCAACGUGUUUGUCUGCUUUAUGGACACGAAAACAAAGUGUCAUGCUUGCAAGUGUCCCCGGAUGGCACUGCUUUGUCUACUGGAAGCUGGGAUUUCACUUUAAGAAUAUGGGCAUAAAUAAUCAUGUCAACGUUUAGAUUGAACUGCAUAACCAAAGUAAAUCAUAUGAAAAGUCUAUAUAAGAUAUAUAAACUAGUCGGCGAAUUCAAUGUUAGAUGUCUUUAAAUAAACCGUAAUAGCUUCAAAGACGUUCAACAGAAGAAAUUACAUAGUAGUGUUAAUGAUCGUAUUGUAAACAUCUCCCCAGUUGUUACUAAACUGGUUAGUAAUAUUAUAUUUUAUAUUUUAUAAUCCAUUUAUUUGUUGUUAAUUCAUUGUUAUGUAGUAAAACAUGUUCACGUAUAUUUAUAUCAUUUAUUUUUACAAAAGUUAUCAGUAUUUAUUGGUGCCAUAUUUAUUUG